AUGAAUAUUGCUAUGAAUCGAAUUAUGAAAGAAUUCAAGGAAGUAGUGGCUAAUGAAUCAAAUGGAAUUGAGUUGCAUAUGCCAGAAGGCGAAUUAACAAGAAGUCCUUCAAAUUCAUCAUCAAAUAAAAAAGAAAUUUAUUUAAAUGGAUCACUACUAGGACCACCGGAUACACCUUAUGCUGGAGCUCGAUUUCAUGUUGAUAUUAUUGUUGUUGAUACAUAUCCAUUUAAUCCACCUAAAGUUCGAUUUACAACAAAAAUUUGGCAUCCAAAUAUCAGUUCAGUGACCGGUGCCAUUUGUCUUGAUAUUCUUAAAGAUCAAUGGGCUGCUGCAAUGACUAUUCGAACAGUAUUGCUUAGUUUACAAGCAUUACUUGCAACACCUGAACCAGAUGAUCCACAAGAUGCCGUUGUUGCUAAUCAAUAUAAAAAAGAUAGGAAAUUAUUUGAAAAAACAGCUCGACAUUGGGCUAAUGUUUAUGCAAAUGGACCAACACCAGAACCUGAAUGUGAUGCAGCUGUUAAGAGCCUUGCUGAAAUGGGUUUCGAUGAAGAAAAAGCUCGUGCAGCCUUAUCAUCAAUGCAUUGGAAUACAAGCGAUGCUUUGGAAAGUCUAUGUAAAGCAUAA